CUGGGCCCGGCCCCCUCCCUCCGCUCUCCAGCCGGCGGCGGUUGUUGUUCAGCGGCGGCGGCCGUAGCUCGGGUCGCAGCCUCCGGCCGCCCGGCCGCCCGCCAGCCCGCCGGCGGGUCCGCGCGCGGCCAUGGAGCUGGAGGUGCCGGACGAGGCGGAGAGCGCCGAAGCCAGGGCCGUGACCUCGGAGGCGGCCUGGGCGGCGGAGAGCGGUGCGACAGCAGGUUCGGCCCAGAAAAAGACGACCCCAGCAGAGGUCCCGCUGAUGACUGGACAGCCCGGUCCUGGCCAUGGGAAGAAGCUGGGUCAUCGGGGUGUGGACGCAUCUGGCGAAACCACCUACAAGAAGACCACGUCCUCUACCCUGAAGGGGGCCAUCCAGCUGGGCAUCGGCUACACCGUGGGCAACCUGAGCUCCAAGCCGGAGCGCGACGUGCUCAUGCAGGACUUCUAUGUGGUGGAGAGCAUCUUCUUCCCCAGUGAAGGCAGCAACCUCACUCCCGCCCAUCACUUCCAGGACUUCAGGUUUAAGACCUAUGCGCCUGUUGCCUUCCGCUACUUCCGGGAGCUCUUUGGGAUUCGGCCAGACGACUACUUGUACUCGCUGUGCAACGAGCCACUUAUUGAGCUGUCUAACCCCGGUGCCAGCGGCUCCCUGUUCUACGUCACCAGCGACGACGAAUUCAUCAUCAAGACGGUGAUGCACAAGGAGGCCGAGUUCCUGCAGAAGCUGCUGCCUGGCUACUACAUGAACCUCAACCAGAACCCCCGGACACUGCUGCCCAAGUUCUAUGGGCUAUACUGCGUGCAGUCAGGCGGCAAGAACAUCCGUGUGGUGGUGAUGAACAAUGUGCUGCCACGCGUGGUCAAGAUGCACCUUAAGUUCGAUCUCAAAGGCUCCACGUACAAGCGGCGGGCCAGCAAGAAGGAGAAGGAAAAGAGCAUCCCCACCUACAAGGACCUGGACUUCAUUCAGGACAUGCCCGAGGGGCUAAUGCUUGAUGCCGACACCUUCUCUGCACUCGUCAAGACGCUGCAGCGAGACUGCCUGGUGCUGGAGAGCUUCAAGAUCAUGGACUACAGCCUGCUCCUGGGCGUCCACAACAUCGACCAGCAGGAGCGCGAGCGGCAGGCUGAGGGCGCCCAGAGCACAGCUGACGAGAAGCGGCCGCUGGGCCAGAAGGCGCUCUACUCCACAGCCAUGGAGUCCAUCCAGGGUGGCGCCGCACGCGGGGAGGCCAUCGAGACAGAUGACACGAUGGGGGGGAUCCCCGCUGUGAAUGGUCGAGGAGAGCGGCUGCUUCUGCACAUCGGAAUCAUCGACAUCCUGCAGUCCUACAGGUUCAUCAAGAAGCUGGAACACACCUGGAAGGCUCUCGUCCACGAUGGCGACACAGUCUCCGUCCACCGGCCCAGCUUCUAUGCCGAGCGCUUCUUCAAGUUCAUGAGCAACACGGUUUUCCGGAAGAACUCCUCCCUGAAGUCCUCACCGUCCAAGAAGGGCCGUGGUGCCUUGCUGGCCGUCAAGCCCCUGGGGCCCACGGCCGCCUUCUCGGCCAGCCAGAUCCCCAGCGAGCGGGAGGAUGCACAGUACGACCUGCGGGGGGCCCGCAGCUACCCCACACUGGAGGACGAGGGCCGGCCGGACCUCUUGCCCUGCACGCCGCCAUCUUUUGAGGAGGCCACCACCGCCUCCAUCGCCACGACCCUGUCCUCCACAUCCCUCUCUAUCCCAGAACGGUCCCCUUCGGAGUCGUCGGAGCAGCCGCGGUACAGGCGGCGCACACAGUCCUCGGGACAGGAUGGCAGGCCCCAGGAGGAGACUCACGCAGAGGAGGACCUGCAGCAGAUCACAGUGCAGGUGGAGCCCGCGUGCAGCGUGGAGAUCGUGGUCCCCAAGGAGGAAGAUGCAGGGGAGGGGGCAUCCCCAGCCUGUGCCUCUGCCGCUGUCGAAGCGGAAACCGCCAGCCAGGCCUCCGAGCCCGCCAGCCAGGCCUCAGAUGAGGAAGACGCGCCCGCCACGGACAUCUACUUUUUCACCGAUGGGAGGUACUGGAUUUACUCUCCCCGGCAUCGCCGACUGCGGGCCGUGACGCUGAGCUCCUCAGGGACUCCCACCGAUGAGAGGAGCUGGGUGUACUCCCCGCUUCACUAUAGCACUCAGGCCCAGCCUGCCUCCGACGGCGAGAGCGACACAUAAUUCCUAUGCAGACACUGACCCGGAGCCGAGUGCCCGCUGCUGCCCCGGCCGCUUCCUGGAGGCACUGCCCGCCUCGCUCAGCCCAGAGCUCGGGAGAUGCCCGCCUGGCAGCCAGCCCUCACCCUCGUCCUCCCCUGACGACACCGACACUCCUGGCUGCUGAGCGACCCCCAUCCAGACGGCCUGCCCUGCCCUGGCUCCCCGACAACUACCUACGCCUGAUACUGUGAACCCUCCUGCAUUUCCGAUCAUGUAAUUUAUUUUGGGUCCUUAUUCUUUGCACAGACAUGGUAGCACACACGUGUGUGUUUUUUAAGAAAAAGGAAAAGGCAAAAAAAAAAACCCACAAUGGAAAAGAAGAAACUCUAUUUCACUGCACUUUUGGUUCAUUGCUGUGCUUGCAUGUUUUGCUGAGGGAACUGCACCCCAGCGGAAUCCACUGUAGGUCUGGACCGGGAUGGACAGGCCCCUAGGACAGAAGGACCACCGUGUUCCCCAGGGUGCCUCUGGAGGCUGCACACUGCGACUGCCAAGCACUGUUGGCUCAGGUUUUUGGGCCGAGAGAGCUGGACACCAUCCUUGAGGGCAGCACAGUGGUGGCUGGGGAUGGCUUUCACCAGUGGCCCUGCCAUCUCUCAGCAUCUGUCUCCCACCACCUGCUUCCCCUGUGACCGUGAGCAGGAAUCCCCAGGCGUGAUGAGAACCUCCAUGUGGACACAUAGCUACCCUGACUCAGUGGAGCUCAGGGCUGUGGGCUUCACUCUCCUCUGGAAGACGGGCUGAGCCAGGAAGAGGCAGCCAGGCACUGAGGCCCUGGGACUUCCCAAGGUCUGUGUCCUGAAGGGAAGCCCCCCGAGGCAGGCUGCCAGGGCUAGAAGACCAGACCCCGUCCUGUAAAAGGACUGAGGUGGGCAUCCUCUCUCUUUUAAAUGAUGGAGACAUCUGUACCGAGUGAAGGACAGGAGAAGAAAUUCUUGGUGAAAAAACAAUGUUUUUUUUAUAUGGUCCCACUUCUGGGCCCAGAGCCCCACAGGGCGACUGCCAGGGGCCCCGCUGCGUCCAUAGGCGACUGCUGGAGCUGACAGCUUUGCAGGGUCUCUCCUGCCUGUCUCCAGAGAGGGACGCAUCAGGGAUUGUUCACCUGGCCCACCCGGCCCUGCGUGGGAGGAGCUGGGAGCCAGAGUGGAGUGGAAGUUGCACUUUGCAGAAGAACUCCCACCUUUGCCUCCCUGGUGGAGCCUGAGAUGUCUGGAGAACCCACCAAGCCAGGAUCUAAUUUUCAAGUUCAUUGCAAGCUAUGUACACUGCUGUCCUUUCUUACGAGGGCCCCUCGUCGCCUCCCCUGACACAGCCUGCUUUGUGCACCUGGAUGGAGCCUGUUGGCUGGCUGCACCCCUCCUUGGGCUGUGCCCCGGGGGCUCUCUCCUCACAGGGCCACCAAGGAUGCCACAGCACGAGGCUUGGGGAAGAGGACCCAUCAGAAAAAUCCUGCAGGUGUUCUGCUCCCCUCCUACCCACGAGGGUGUGUCCAGACCCUGGGGCAUCCUCACCUGGACUUCCACCAAGGCACUGUCCACAGUGCCCCAUGCGCACAAGUCCCCAGUCGGUGCCCUGUCCCACCCAGAGGAGGUGGGUUGAAUGGGCAGAGGUCUGAAGAUGACUUAAUAGCCACUGUUAUGUCACCCCAAUGCCGACAUCAGAGCCCCCGCCCAGGCCCCCAAGGCCGGCUGCAGAGAUGCGGUGCAUCCCGUGGGGACGACCAGAGCCGUAGGCCCCAUGUCCAGGGCGCCCUCGGCCACCUGGAGCCGGGGAGCGGGGCCCCGGGGCUUUCCUGAGUGAAUCACAGACAGAUGCUCACUUGGAGAAAUUUGCAAACCUCCUGGACAUCAUGAUGUUUUCAUUCCCGUGCUAAGUCAUGAAUACCCCUUCAGAGUCCCCUUUGUGUUGGUUGUAUUUUUUUGUCCCUUUUUCAGAGACCUGUCACAUGGAUGCAAGGUGGUCCUCGGACUAGGCUGCCAGAAAGCGUAUGCUUAUGGUCAGGGUGAGAGGGUGGGAAGGCAAGACCUUAUUUAUAACAUGCAGCGAACUCACGGCCUUCCCCAGACCCCCAACAGUAAGGGCCCUGGACCCACCCAGCUGUCAUCCCACCCCCAGGAUAGAAAUCUGCCAACUCCUGGGUGGUGAUGCCCCAGCUCGUCCAUCCCAGCUCGUCCUUGACAGCUGCUGUCACUGAGAAUGUGGGCACUGUCCGCCGUGCCAUUCUGUACACAGGAAAGGUGUGUCCUGAGACUGACAAGGUGGGACCUCCUGUGUGUCCCCUCCCAGCCGCCAUCCUCAGCCUCCUCUCGCCCCCUUCCUCCACCACCUGGCUCAGUGCAAUACUCCCAUCCCCAUGGGGUCCCCUGCCAUGGUACUGUCGCCGCAGCCCCUCGGUCCCCACCCCAGAACAGGCACCCUCAGUCACCUCUGGUGAUUCGGUUGCAUCGCCCGUCCCCACCCCAACCCCAUUUUUAUGGCCCAACUGAUUUCCAAACACAACAAAACUGCAAACCUUGUGUGUCUUAAUCUCACUGGGGGUCCCGUGUGCUCAGCCCCCGUGGUCUGGUGUGUGACAAUCCGGGGCUCAGCCUCCUCGGGCACAGGACGCCGGCCCGCUCAAACCCAGAGCCGUGGGCGCCUCUGUGACCGCAGCCACUGCUGGCCCCAUAACACUCGUAUGCAGCCCCAGAUCCUCCCGCCCCCAUCCCCGCCACCCCACCCCUUUUUACGUUGAAGAGAUCUCUAAUAAAUCGGGUAAUAAGCAUCA